AUGGUGAAGAUUCGCAUGGAUGCAGAUGAGUCCGAGGAGAUGGACUACUACGACGUUCUUCCUGAUGAUGACAAGGAACAAGAGGAGGAACAAGAGGAGGAACACGAGGAGGAACAAGAGGAGGAACACGAGGAGGAACAAGAGGAAGGCGAAGCAGAAGCAGAAGCAGAAGACCGUGAAGAGGACGAUAGUACUCCCAGGGUCAAUGAGGAAGUUGCAAGAGCCGAAGAACGUGAGCGGCGAAUGCGUUCUGUUGGGGCACAGUGGCCUUUGGUUGGAUGUGAGCGCGUUGCAGCCAUUCGCAAGGCACUCGAAGCAGCCUUUGCCGAAUCCCAAGAGCGAUGGGAUGAACUGUACAGUUCUCGCAGUCACUAUGACCUCCGCUUUGCAAUUGUGGAUGCUCUUUCGAAGAAGUAG